CUAAGGCGCUUAAGGGUAUAAAAACCAAGGUGCUUAGGGUUUUUGCACUCCCUUCUCUUUAUGCGGUAGUGCCUCUCUUAUCAAUUACGGAGACCGCGAAACCACUGGGCCAUCAAAAUGUUCACCGCAAGACGGAAGAUUCAGAAAGACAAGGAUGUCGAACCCACAGAAUUUGAGGAGUCUGUUGCUCAGGCAUUUUUUGAUCUUGAGAACAGUAACCAGGAGCUGAAAAGUGAUCUAAAAGAUCUCUUUAUCAAUACUGCAGUUCAAGUGGAUAUCUCAGGGAACAAAAAGGCUGUUGUGAUCCAUGUUCCGUACAGAUUGAGGAAGGCUUUUCGCAAAAUUCAUGUGAGACUUGUCAGGGAGCUUGAGAAGAAGUUCAGCGGCAAGGAUGUCAUUAUGAUCGCAACUAGGAGGAUAAUGAGGCCACCCAAGAAGGGUGUGGCAGUCCAGAGGCCUCGCAGCCGCACAUUGACUGCAGUGCAUGAGGCCAUGUUGGAAGACGUUGUCCAUCCUGCUGAAAUUGUUGGUAAGCGCAUUAGAUACCGCCUUGAUGGCUCCAAGAUUAUGAAGGUUUAUCUGGACCCGAAAGAGAGGAACAAUACCGAAUAUAAGUUAGAGACGUUCAGUGGCGUCUACAGGAAGCUGUCUGGAAAAGAUGUUGUGUUUGAUUAUCCCGGGACUGAGGCCUAAAAGGUGUCAUAUGUCCUCUAUUUGUGUAAGAUCAAGAUUCCUCCUUUUUCUCCUGAAUCGAUUUUGGCGUGCAGUGAUUGCCAGAGCUUGAACUUUCAGACUUCGAUUUUCUUUUCAAUUUUAAUUUUGACAUAUGAGUAGGGGUACCCAGAAUUUUGAUAUUCUAUUUUGUUUGCUGAGGACUUUUUAGAGAUCCUGUUAUUUUUACAGAGGACGUGAAAGCAUUGUUAUUCGCUUUGUGGAUCAAGUUGACAUGCAAUGUAGGAUCUUGUGAGCAAACAGCUACUUGGUAACACUUGGUUUUGCACGAGAGGUUUUGUUAAAGA